ACAAGUGGGCUGGACUUCCGCCGGAAAACGGAGUCGCCUGGGAAAUCUCAGAGCCGAAUACCGGCAGGCUUUCUGCCCGAGGCCGUGGGCGGGCGCUGUGUGGACCUGGGCGAAGAUGGCUUGCGCUGCUGCACGGUCCCCGGCCGACCAGGACAGAUUCAUUUGCAUCUAUCCCGCUUAUUUAAAUAACAAGAAGACCAUCGCGGAGGGGAGGCGAAUCCCCAUAAGCAAGGCUGUUGAAAAUCCUACAGCUACUGAGAUUCAAGAUGUGUGCUCAGCAGUUGGACUUAACGUAUUCCUUGAGAAAAAUAAAAUGUACUCUAGAGAAUGGAAUCGUGAUGUUCAGUACAGGGGUCGAGUCCGGGUCCAGCUCAAACAGGAAGAUGGCAGCCUCUGUCUCGUACAGUUUCCAUCACGUAAGUCAGUAAUGUUGUAUGCAGCGGAAAUGAUACCUAAACUAAAAACAAGGACACAAAAAACAGGAGGUGGUGACCAAAGUCUUCAGCAAGGAGAGGGAAGUAAAAAAGGGAAAGGAAAGAAGAAGAAGUGAUCGGGGAUGAGAAUCAAGUAUGUGGUACUACUGUGAGAGACGUGAACGAAGGCUUCUAAUUUAUAUCUAAGAGAAACAGAAGCUUUUUGUUUGCAUCAUUUAAUCAAACUAUGGACAUUUGUGCCUCCCAGCUUCAGCAUCAGAGCUGACAAUGAAAUAAAUUUACAUCAGAAGUUUGCAUCUAGCUCUUACACAGUAUAAAAGAAAAUUUCUUUGCCUUUCAAUGGAGAGUUUUUGUGGAAGAAAGAAGCAUAUUUUUAAGUGGACAAUGGAUUCUACCAUCAGUUACUUGAAAUUCUGUAUCUGUCCUGUGUGUAACAUGUUUCAGAUAAUGAGUUUAAUUAAAGAUUUGAAAUACACAUUUUCUUCAACUUUUAAGUUAGUGAAAUAAAAUUUGAAACUGACUUUUAA